AUGCCUGAUUACUCUUCUUUGGCUUCUGGUCCUGGUUCCACUUCUCAUCAUUCUCCGUUUGUCCCUCUCACCUGCAGCUCCAGCUUUGUUACUGCUUCUAACACCUCUUCAGCACCCUCUCUCUCACUUGUUCCCCCAUUUCCAUUGAUUCCUACAUCUUAUGCACUUUCAAAUGUCACCACUCCCCACUCAACUUAUCAGCCAACAUCAGGCCCAUCAGUCACUGUUAAUGGUAUCUCUUCUCCAUCACAAGUAUCAAUAAUGCCUGCAUACUUACAUGGCAGUGUAAGCGCAGGCAAUGGUGUGGGUUUGAGUGCUGACGAGGACCUUGCUGAUCGUAGCCUUCAACAACUACUUCUAGACGAGGAGGACUAUGAAGAAGAUCUCCUACUUGCACUACCACUGGUCGCUGGCCCAACUUCUACAUCUACCCCCAGUAGCUACGGCACACUGACAGGUCUUAAGAUGGACGAAUUCUCUUCAUGUGACUUACCUAAUGAGGUUAACCCCAACAUUGAUGGCUCUACCGUCGCUCCAUCUGAUUCCAUCAUUAGUCCCGUGAGUUGGUCAGCUAAUUUCUCCUCUUCUGGUCGCUGUUGUUGUUGUAAUUAUGGCUACUAUGGCUCUGCUGCAACGACUACACCUGUUAACACCGUCUCCACUUGUCUUCCAGGUGCAGAUCAGGUUUCAUCUGCCAUAUUAUCAGCUGUGUCUAUUAGGCAUUCAUCGUCUGACUCAGGCAACUCAUUAAGUCCAGUUUCAUCUGUCCGCUCCUCACAGCAUUCACCUUCUCUCAGUGCCACUGGUAGUAGUAGUAUGGUCUUAAGGGGUGGUGGCCACUCCACUAGCCCUACUCACUUUGCUACCUAUCACCGACGUGGAUCUCAGCCAGCUACAGCUUCGGGUAUCCGCAAGGCGCUUCCGCUUCCUUUGCCCUUACAAUUGCCAUCUCUCAUAGGCUCCAGCUCCUCUUCCGCUUCCAAUGACUUCACUCAUCACGUAGCUAAUGGCUCUGGCGGCGCAUGUCCCGGUGCCGCUAACAAAUCGCCCACCCCUCUCCACUCUUCAACGGCCACUAUCACAAAUUCUUAUAAUUUCCCAUCUACUAUGCAUUUUUGCCACACUUGUCACCCUUGCUGCUCCCGCCCUAUCCAUCCACACGUUCUACUUCAAACUGGCUCUAAUGCAUCCUCUACCAUUGGCUCUUUCCUUUCGCCCUCUGCUAAUAUUUCUUCAUUCCCUUCCGCAGCCACUCUCAUGAGCUGUUCAUCCUGCCUUCCACUGUCAACCUUUCCUCAUUCGCGGACCCCCGCUCAUUCCUUCGGCACACCUCUAUUAUCUCCUUCAGUUAUCGGCGGCUCUUGCUACCCACCGCAAAUCCAGCUUGCCACAUUGAUCAAACUGGUAGAGAGGCUUACUUAUCCAGCUUAUUUUGACUCCAGUAUGGUGAACAGUUUCUUAAUGUCUUUCCGAAGGUUCACUAGCCCUGAAGAUCUGCUCGAUUUACUCAUCGAACGCUUUCAUGUACCCGAUCCAGAAUUUUCGCCUGACGAGUGGCGCGUUGACUUGGCUCGUGGCAGACUCGAGCCGCCAGCGCACUACAUGUUGAAGCGUUUUCGAACUGGCUACAAGCGCAGAGUCCAAGCCAGGUGGGCUGAUAUCAUUGUUUCUUUAUUUCUGUUUAAUUAUGAAGGUUUUUCUUCCCUUUUAACUCUAUGCUGUGUAUGCAUGUUCUCUCACAGCCUUAGCAAUGUAUUUUAUGAGAUUCGCUUGCAUUUUCCAUUCGAUCCUUAA